CUGCUGAUGCUGAGCCGUCGCUGAAAAAAAUAUCCCAGGCCAUGGAUACGGUUUUAGGCUAUAAUACAUCGUGCAUAUUAAUUAUACGAUCUUGGGUUUAUUAAGAGAAUGAGGAAGAGGAAGAGCUGGAAACCUCGGAAGGGCCUCAGCACAUUUCUGUGAAGUCUCAAUGAGAGCAUCGGAGGACGGGCAGUAGCAUUCAACCUAAUGGCUAAGAAGGGGCGAACCAAGGGCGACAAGCCCGAAGCCCUCAUCUCUGCCCUGCAGGCAGCCAACGAAGAUCUCAGGUCCAAACUAACUGACAUUCAAAUAGAACUACAUCAGGAGAAAUGCAAGGUGAGCAGGCUGGAGCGGGAGAAGGUCCAGGAGGCCAAGCGCAUCCGGGAGCAGGAGCAGCACCGGCACACGGCCGCGCUGACGGAGCAGCGGGCCAAGUGGCACGAGGAGAAGCAGAAGGACCUGCAGGCGCUGAGGGAGAGCCUGGUGAGGCAGCACGAGCAGGAGCUGGCCCGCACCGCCAAGAUCAGGGACGCCGAGAACCAGCGGCUGAAAGCGGCCAUCAGCGCCAUACGGGACGGAAGUGGGGAGAAGGUGCGCACGGCGCUGACCCUCGAGGCCAAGGAGGACGCGCGGCGCUUCUUCGACCAGGAGCGCGUCAAGCUGCUGCAGGAGAUCGCCGAGCUCAAGUCCACCAAGAAGCAGACGGACGAGGCGCUCAGCACCAUGAUCCAGGCCGACAAGAUGAAGGCCGGGGACCUGCGCUCCGAGCACCAGCAGCACCAGGAGCAGAUCUCCAAGAUCAAGUGGGACUCGGAGAGGGACAUACGCAGACUGGUGGAUGAGAUCAAGUCUAAAGAGCGCACCAUCUUCUCCCUGGAGAAGGAGCUGGAGUCGGCCACAUGCUUCAUGCAGAGGCUGCAACUGCAGAAGGACGCCCUGGACGAGCAGCUCUUCCUGGUGAAGGAGGCUGAGUGUGGCCUGGGAAGUCCCAAGAGGGAGAUCCCUGGGCGGGCAGGGGACGGGGCCGAGCACUGUGGCAGCCCGGACAUGCGGAGGAACCAGAGACGCAUGGCUGACCUGAACUCCACCAUCCGCAAACUGGAGGACCGCAACUCCCUGUUGGUGGACGAGAGGAACGAGCUGCUCAAGCGUGUACGGGAGUCGGAGAAACAGUGCAAACCCCUGCUGGAAAAGAACAGGCUCAUGAGCAAGAGGAACGAUGAUCUCACACAGACCCUCCAGCGCCUGGAAGACAAGCUCAAGGUUCUGGCCAAGGACAACCUGGAGAUGAAGGAGAAAAUUGGCUCUCAUCCGCCACUGAAGAAACUCAAGUCCCUCAACGACCUGGAUCAGGCUCACGACGACCAGGAGAUAGAGUUCCUCAAGAUGCAGGUCCUGGAACAGCAGAACAUGAUCGACGAACUGACCAGAGAUCGGGAAAAACUCCUACGGAAGAAGAGACAUAAACGAAGCUCUCGGCCAAUCAAGAGACACAUUGUCGUGGACACGUUCUACGGCUACGAUGAGGAGUCCAUGGACUCCGAAUCUUCCUCUGUGGCCUCCUUCCGCAUGGACCGCACCCCGGCCACGCCUGACGAGGACCUGAACGUUGGGCUGGCCAAUGAAGAGUCGGAGUUGCGUUUCCGCCAGUUGACCAGGGAGUACCAGGCGUUGCAGCGGGCGUACGCCCUGCUGCAGGAGCAGAAGGGAGGGGUGCUGGACGCUGAGAUGGAGGCCAAGGCUCAGGAGCAGCUUCAUGCAGACGUUCUCAGGUACAAGGCCAAGAUCGAGGACCUGGAGAAGGAGCUCACGCUCAGAGGACAGGACUCCAAGUGGGUGGAGGAGAGGCAGCUCUUUCUCCGCAGGAACCAGGAGAUUUUGGAUAAGAUGGAGAAGCUGGAUGCUGAGUCUAAUCGCGUUCAUCAGGAACUCCAAGACUCCAAGGACCAGAAUGAACUGCUGGAGUUCAGGAUACUGGAACUGGAGGAGCGAGAGCGGCGCUCCCCGCCGUUCAACCACCUGAGGAUGCACCCGUUCUCUGAGGGCGUCAGCGCCCUGCAGAUCUACUGCAUGAAGGAAGGGGUCAAGGAUGUGUGUAUACCUGACCUGAUCAAGCUCCUUGAUAUUCUGGGUGAUAACGGGAACCUUCGCAACGAGGAACAAGUGGCCAUUAUCCAAGCCAGCACGGUGCUCUCUUUAGCUGAGAAGUGGAUCCAGCAGAUUGAGGGCACCGAGGCGUCGCUGCACCAGAAGAUGAUGGACCUGGAGAUGGAGAUGGAGAUGUUCUGCAAGCAGAAAGGCUACCUGGAGGAGGAGCUGGACUACAGGAAGCAGGCUUUGGACCAAGCCUACCUGCAAAUCCAGGAGCUGGAGGCCACGCUGUACAACGCCCUGCAGCAGGACAAGGUGAUCGCGUACGGCGAGCCGCUGGACGAGCGGCAGAAGGACGAGCUGCGCACGGCCGUGGAGAAGCUGCGCCGGCAGAUGCUGAGGAAGAGCCGCGAGUACGACUGCCAGAUCCUCCAGGAGAGGAUGGAGCUGCUGCACCAGGCGCAUCAGAGAAUCCGAGACCUGGAGGACAAGACGGACAUCCAGAGGAGACAGAUAAAGGAUCUGGAAGAGAAGAUCACGUGGCAGCUUGGAGAUUGUGUUUGUGACUGCACCGGUUUUUCUUUCGUGGCCGAGCGAGUCAUAUUCGUGGCUCGUAUUGUAAAAGUGAGUGAAGGUAGACGUUUUUUGUUUUUGUUUUUCGGGGGUCUUUUGUGACGGGACGCAAGGCGAACGCUCAGACGGGUUUUUCUUUGGGGUCUUCUCUCUGAGGACGCGCUGUUUACGCUGCACUGGACUUGCUGGCCUUUGGAACAUGGACCUUUUCAACUCUGUGGGGGGGAGUGGAACCCAGCGCUGAUCCUGAACACACGCACACUCACUCACACUCUCACUCACAUAUUCGUAUACACGCAGAGAUUGGAUACAGAUAGGCGCAGACACACAAAGAUGCGUACACAGAUUGUAAGACCACUCACAGACUCAUCGAGGAAACCAAAGUCUGGGAAAUCUUAUCUCUGCCAUGCAGGGUAGUGCGACGCCCCUCUUCACUACAGCCAGACCACUUACUGUAGACCUCACCACACCAGACCAGACUGCAUCCUUCUUCUGCUACUUUUGUCUCCAAUCCUCCCUCUGUCUCUCUCCCUGAGCUGGGAUGGAUGCAUGUCCAUGUGAGCAGAGUGGAGAGCUGAUUCAGGACCUGCGUGACGAUGAUUGACUGCUCUUCUGUACAGCAGGCCCCCUCCUCGAGUCUCUGGUCUCAGGUCAGCUGAUGUGGACUCUCCCCUCCUCAGACCCGCCCCCGAGUAGACUGGGCUACAGAGAGGGAAAUGGGACAAUCUGGACGGCAUGUCCCUGGAAGCAGGCCAAGUU